GUCUUUAAUCGCAAAUUAGUGAAACAGUUAAAUCGCAUAAAACAAUGUUUUGGAUAAUUGUAUGCUUGAUAUUCCCUUAUGCGUUUGGACAGGAUCCAUGUUCAGACUCUGGUACAGGAACAAUAUCGCGAAAUAUCUUAGAUGUGCCGUUCUGUGAUGCAAGUUUAAAUCCCAUUUGGUACAAAAUAGACGAAAAGACCGGUGAAGAUAUAUAUACCGAAUGUGUUACGUUCGGAACUUGUGGAACAGUGUACCCGCUAUGGAUGGAUGGCAGUAUACCAGAGACAAGUGAAGGUAUUGUUGAUAGGAAUGUUUGCCAAGUAACACCGGGAAACUGUUGUAAUAGAACAUAUGCCAUACAAGUGAAAAAUUGUGGAGACUUCAGAGUUUACAAGUUAACAUUUACAUAUGGUUGUUAUCAAGCGUACUGUUUUAAGGCGUCAGACGAAGUAACCGAUUGUACUGAAAAGGGUAAUUUUAAAUGUGGCGGAGGCAAUACCAAAGUGUUAAUAGCUGUUAGUUUGGUUGUUGUAUUUGGUGUACUCAUUGUGGGUACUAUCGUCUGGUGUUACUUUCGAAGAAGACCAAGUCUCAUGAGGAAGCCAAUUCUGGCAAACGAAAAUACGAACAAUAGAAAUAGUCAGCCACCUAUUGUCCAUAUCAACGAACCAGCUAAUCAUUUUUCAGCCGAGUCAGUGAUGUGAGGCAUAGACUUUUAUUAUGCUGAGUCAUCUGGCAUAGCUGGCUAAAACAAUCGUUUUAAAA